AGGUCAACCUUGCCGGUCUAUGCAAAUUGUAAGGUCAGGGACUUCGUGGAAAUGAGCAUCCUACAAAAAAUAGCCGAGAUAGAAGCCGAGAUGGCUAGGACACAGAAGAACAAAAAUACUAUGGGUCAUUUAGGAUUGUUAAAGGCUCGGUUGGCUAAACUUAGGCGAGAACUUAUUGAACCUAAAGGUGGUACUGGCGGAGGGGGAGAAGGUUUUGAUGUUGCUAAAACGGGAGAUGCACGUAUUGGCUUUGUGGGUUUCCCAUCAGUUGGAAAGUCAACACUUUUGUGCAAUUUGGCCGGUGUCUAUUCUGAAGUGGCUGCUUAUGAGUUCACAACCCUUACCACUGUGCCAGGUGUUAUCAGGUACAAAGGAGCUAAAAUUCAACUACUUGAUCUACCCGGUAUUAUAGAAGGUGCCAAAGAUGGAAAGGGUAGAGGAAGACAAGUGAUAGCUGUUGCCCGAACUUGCACUCUCAUUCUCAUGGUGCUAGAUGUCCUUAAGCCUUUACAACACAAAAAGCUUUUAGAAAACGAACUUGAGGGAUUCGGUAUUAGACUAAACAAAAGUCCUCCUAAUAUUACAUUACGCCGAAAAGAAAAAGGAGGUCUGAAUAUUCAAGCCUUAGUCCCUCAGUCUGAAUUGGAUAAAGAAGUAAUAAAAGCUAUUUUAAGUGAAUAUAAAAUACACAAUGCAGACGUCUCACUCAGAUGCGAUGCAACUGCUGAAGAUCUAAUUGAUGUGAUUGAAGGUAGUCGUGUUUAUAUUCCGUGUAUAUAUGUUCUCAACAAAAUUGAUCAGAUUACUAUUGAGGUAUGAAAUGAGUCAUGUAAUUGUUCGGAUUUUGUUAGGAGUUAGAUAUCAUUUGUCGUGUUCCUCAUUGUGUGCCCAUUUCAGCUCAUCACAAAUGGAAUUUCGAUGAUCUACUUGAGCUAAUAUGGGAGUACUUAAACUUGAUAAGAAUUUACACAAAGCCCAAAGGGCAGUUGCCUGAUUACAACGCUCCGGUUAUUUUGAGAUCUGCUUCUCACACUGUUGAGGACUUUUGCAACAAAUUACACAAGACUUUAAUCAAGGAAUUCAAGUAGUAAGUUCAGAUAACAGUUGAAAGAUUUGAUGAAAUUUUGUAUAAAUGCUCCGAUCACUUCUGGAAAGUUUUAUAUCAGAACAGUCGUUAAAUACUGUUUAUUAGAUGAUAAAGUGAAAUAGUUCAAUUCAUUCAUUUUAGUCCAAGUAUUUUUUUAAUUUUAUGAAAUCUGCAAACCCCUCGUAUGCAACGUAAGAAUGUUUAAUAACAUAAAACCUUUGACAACAAUGAAUUACAGAAUAAGCAAGAGCUUAAAAAGAAGUUAGUAGUAUAAAUCUCACAGGAAAGGAGUUAGGUAAGACAAAGUAGUUUAGAAUAAAAUUAUUCGCCUUGCAGACAAAUAGUUCAUAAUCACUUUUGUCAUUAUUGAUUUCUAUGGUUGGUGAUAGAACCUAGAUAUUCUGCGAGUUCAUAGACUUCAGAGUAUUUUCCCCAUUUGGCCACUUCCAAAAUUUCUAGUCCAUAGAUCCAGUCCACAAAGAACUGUUCCAACAUCAUGAGAGCAAUUUGCAUGGUAACUGGUAUCCGAUUCAGAUUCGUAUACUAUUUCUAUUUCGACCAUUCUUUACUACUGACAAUAGCCUAUCUUUUACAGGUUCCUUAGUCAGAUUUAUGAUACAACGAAUAAACUAACAGGGAGAUAUAGUAAACCAGAGAGACUAGUCAAGGGCAAAGAAGGAAAGGCAAUCACGGAGAUUCAAGAACAGAAGAACAGAUGAUUAGAAUACCUUGAGGAACUCUUGAGUAGACCAGCUCCAUUAAAUCCACCGGAAAUCGAAGUAGCUCAAACAGACCUUCCUAUAGAUGUCAGUCCACCAACGAUCGAAGAAAUCAGCAUGUUCAUCAGACAAGCAGCAGAACCUGACAAUAUACCAGCUGAAGCACUGAAGUCAGACAUUGAGGUAACUGCAAACAUGCUUCACCUUCUAUUCAAGGAGAUUUGGGAGGAGGAACAAGUGUUAACGGACUGGAAAGAAGGACACCUCAUCAAGAUACCAAAGGAAGGAGACCUUAGCAAAUGUGAGAAUUACAGAGGAAUUACACUACUGUUAGUGCCAGGAAAGGUUUUCAACGGAGUCUUGCUGAACCGGAUGAAGGACUCAGUAGACGCCCAACUUCGAGAUCGACAGGCUGGAUUCCGUAAGGAUCUAUCGCGCACAGACCGAAUUAACACACUACGGAUCAUCGUCGAACAGUCAGUUGAGUGGAACUCGUCACUACACAUCAACUUCAUUGACUAUGAGAAGGCGUUUGACAGCGUGGACAGAAGAUUAUGGAAACUUCUUCGACACUAUGAAGUCCCUGGGAAGAUUGUCAACAUUAUCCUAAACUCGUACGACGGGCUACAGUGCAAAGUCGUGCAUGGAGGACAGCUGACAGAUGCAUUCUAAGUAAGGACAAACCAGCUUCCAGCUGAAUAGGAAAUUAGGAAAAGACGUUGGAGGUGGAUAGGACAGACAUUGAGGUGAUCAGGAAACUGCAUCACGAGUCAAGCCUUAACUUGGAAUCCUGAAGGGAAACAGAAAAGAGGACGGCCAAGGAAAUAGAAGCAGAUAUGAAAAGGAUGAACGACAACUGGAAGGAAUUGGAGAGGAUCGACCAGGACAUGGUUGGUUGGGGAAUGCUGGUGGGUGGCCUUUGCUCCUGUAAGGGGAGUAACAGGCGUAAGUAAAUAAGUAUGUAAGUAAGAGUUAGACUUAUGAUUGUAGUUAUCGUUAAUUAACCAUGUGCCAGGGACUUACUAAUUACAAUGCAUCACGAAUUUUAUCAAGUUCAAAUUUUGAUAAUCAAUGUUUUCGGCUGUUUUAGCAGUAUUCUGUUCCUAUUUUAUAUUUACUAAUAAGUAGACAGUGAGAAAUUUAGAAUUUCAUCCCAUAUAUUUUAUUUAAACAAACUUCAUUUUUCAUAUUUGCUUUGGCUUACUGGUGUUUUGUGCUGGUGAAGCACUGUUUCGUGACGUAUAAAUAGUACUCAAUAUAAUAUUAUUUUUCUGUAGUGUUCACGCAUAACUUGGAUUUUUUGAACAAACGAAGCGUUCAGUAGCUGUUUUUCCAAAUUAUGUAUUAUUAUCAAAUUCUUAGACAUUUUUUUACUAUUCAUUAGUAAAUUUAUAACAAAGAAGAAGUUAUAUUUGAAAUUUAUUCCAAUAAACCUCUAUCGAGAUGGAACCAUUAAGAACAGACCAAUUCUACCGUCACUUUAUAUCCUUUGAAUUUAUCAAAGAUCUGUAGUUUUAUGAAAGUACAUAAAAUUCCGUAUGCUAUUUCUGUAUGGGUUAUUGAAAUAUGAUGUCUUGUUUGACAACUUAAAAUAGUUUGAUCACCGAAUUCCUGUUUCCAGCGUUCAGUAGUUCGGGAUCUAGCCAUUCUGAACAGUUUCAAAUUUUAUUUAUCUAUAAGGGACAAUGAUCACGUUAACUAAAUACUGUGUCCUUCAGGUUUUCUCCAAAGUAGCCAUUAUUUAUAGUAGUCUGUGUUGUCGUGUCGCUCCACUUAACUUGUAGGAUUCCAUGUCCUUUAUAUUUCAAGGCAUUUUUUUACUCGAUAUAAAUCUGAAUAAAUCACCUCUAUCUUUUAACGACAAACUGUUUAGUCUUAGCAAUCAAGCAGAAUUAUAUAUACUUAAUCUACUUCAUUCAUCUUUAUUAAAAAGCUCUAAAUGAUUUUCUGUCAACAUCUCAUAUCAAAUUUAUGCCAGUUAAUCCUUUUGGGAUGAAAUGGAUUCAUCAUAAUCUUUCAACUUGCUCCAAUAACUUACCAUUGUAAAUUUAUUUUACUGUUAAUUAUAAAUACAUGUUAUUGAAUAUUGUGAACUUCAUACAUUCAUACAAAUGUACAGAGUUCCUAACCUGUACUGUAUUCUACCUAAGGAUUAUGGAAACAGUUGGCAAUAUUAUCACAUGCUGAAAUAUCUCUAUCAUGAAGAUGCAAGUAGUUGACGAGCCAGAUUCUUAUUUAUGGACUUUCGCCAUAUGUUCGCUCCGGUUAUUCAAUUUUUUGAUUUAGUCUAAAUUUUAACAAUCUACUUAGAAAGAUUGUCUUAGCUGCCUAAAACCAUUAAUUUUUUUUCUAAAAGGAUAGUUAAUUUUAAUCGGAAUUCAACAUUUCACUGAAUACCAUAAUUCUUUUCAUUUUAAUCUCGAUACUGAAGUAUUUCUUAAGAAAUAUUUGUAUCUUCUAGUUAGUUGUUAAACAAUUUGUUAUUAGAAAUCCAAGUUAGUAUACUAAUUAUAUCCUUUAGAAAUAUCAUUCGUGAGUUUAAAAUAAAGUUGUCACUUAUAUUCUGGAAUAAUCCCAUUAGAAUAUUAUGGUUCUCUCUGAACAAUUCAGUCUAGUCUGGCUAGCUUAAAUGUAACAUUUCUUUUGACUAAAUAAUACAAAUAAUUUUGUUUUCAAAUAUUAUAUGUCUCAUAAUUUUGAGUAUUUUACGUAUUUUUUUAGUGCUUUUGUUUGGGGUUCGUCAGUAAAACAUCAACCGCAGCGUGUAGGUAAAGAUCAUAUACUUCACGAUGAAGAUGUUGUACAAAUUGUUAAAAAAGUUUGACCGAUUCGCCAUUCACUGUGUCACUUUUACCUCUCUUAUGUAUUUAUUGAGUCUGCCAAAAUUGUGAUGGACAAAUAGAUUUCAGCGAUAUGAUUUCGACAAGUGCUUCGCGUUAUUAUUAUUGUAUUUACAGAUUUUCAAUAGUUUUUGAAUAAAAAUAUUUGUGGAGUAG